AUGAAAUUAUUAUUGGUAUUAAUCUUAUUAAUUAGUUUUGUUGUUAUUUUUAUAAAUUGUUCUCAAACACCAGAAACAACCGAUAUUAAUGAUGAAAGUUAUCAAGAGAAAUAUAACAAAUUAAAGGAGGCAUUGAAAAAUAGAAAAAAACAUUAUAAAAUUGAUCAAGUUUUAUCUAAUCAUACUUUAAUUAGAGAUGCUUUAAAUGCCAGAGGAUAUUCAGAGGUUAAAAAAUCUAGAUCCUCAAAUUUAAAAUGGAGUUGGAGUUGGGAUAUGUUAAAUCCAUCAUCACCAAACCUAAUUGUUAAUCAUUUCCCAAAUCAUAAUGAAAUUGGAUCAAAAAAAGGUUUAACAACAAAUCUAAAUAAUUUAUAUCAUAGAGAUCAAUCACUUAACAGCCAUAUAUCUACAAUUUUCCCAAGAUCAUAUGAUCUUUCAAAUUUACAACAAAAAGAAUCAUUUAUUAGGGAUUUUAACAGGGGUAAUUCAAAAUUAAUUGGUAUUAGUAAUCAAGAUUUGUUAAUUUCAGAGAAUAAUAACUAUAUGAUAAAUGAAAUUCAAGAAGAAGAAAAAGAUAAUGAUCCUAAUUUAACAGUUUAUCCACAACAAAAACAUAUAGAUGGUAAUAAAAAUAUUUGGAUAGUUAAACCAUCAUCACAAGCAAGAGGUGUUGGUAUUCAAAUCUUUACUAAUUUAACCCAGUUAUUAGAAUAUACCAAGCAAGGAAAUGAUGAAUAUAUUGCACAGAAAUAUGUAGAGUUACCAUAUACCAUCAAAAACACAAAGUUUGAUAUAAGACAGUUCGUUUUAGUAAAAAGUUUAAACCCACUGGUUAUUUUCAAAUUAAAAGAAUGCUAUUUAAGAUUUUGUUCAGUCGAAUACUCCACAGACAACCUAAAUGAUAGAUUUGUUCAUCUUAGCAACUUUCAAGUUCAAAAAGAAUUUUUAAAGGAUAAUAAAACUCCAUUUCCAGAGAAUCAAUGGUCAUUAGAUUUAUUUAAAAACCAUUUAAUGGAGGAGAAUAAUGGUAAAGAUAUUUGGAGGGAAAGUUUAGAUGAAAAAAUAAAAAAAUUAAUUAUUACUACAAUUAAAAGUUGGCCUAAUAAUUCACAGAAUAAAGGUUCAUUUGAAUUAUUAGGAUUUGAUAUUUUACUAAGCAAAGACUUGGAGCCACUAUUAUUGGAGGUUAAUACUAAUCCAGGGUUACAUCUUUUAACAGAAAACGUAAAAAUACAUCAUAAAAUUGCAAUAGAAGAUCUUUUCAAAGUGGUUCUUGAUAAUGCAGAUAAAUGGGAAAAAGAUAAUAACCAAUAUUGGAUUAAUGAUUUAUCGAAAGAAGAAAAAAUUGAACAUUUUGGACAAUGGGAACCAAUUUAUAUUGGGGACUAUGACCCAUCAGUUAAACCAUUCGAAAUUGUAAAAAUGCAGUCUAUUAAAAAAGUUAAUAAAGAAAAUUAG